UUUAUUAUGAGGCCACUGGGUGGUUGCACAAUGAAUUAGCCUAAUUGUUUGUGCAUGCGUGUGUAUGUGUAUGCUGGCUGAUUGGAUUGGUUGAGGGAGGGGGUUCUACAAUGGGAGGAGUCUCCGUGCAACGCUUGAGUCGAUUCAAUUCUCAGCUCUGCACAAAAUUUCAAAGUAGAGAGCUAAUCUGAUAUCGGCCAGUCACUGAACCACACGCGCUGUUCCCUCUUAGCAUAUGGACACAAGAAUUACAAUGAACGCACUUCGGAAUGGACACACGCAUAAAGUUUAGUCCUUCCGUGUUAAUUAUUUUCUUGUUUUGAACUGAAGAUUUUGUGUUACUGUUUUUCCCUGCUGACUUUUGCGCUGGAUGGCUAUCACACGAAAGGAAAAGCACCCGUUCAGCUCCGCUAUAGCAUAGCAUUUUCUUCUCCAGGGAGUAACCGUAAGCGACGAUAUAUCAAUGCAGGUGAGCCUGACGAGUCGUGCUUAAAACUGCACACCCGUGUUUAUUUACGGCACUUUCAGGGAGGAGGACAUCAUCGAAAAGAUAUCGUUGGCGUUGGACACACAAGCUAGUAGCCUAAAACGAAGAUUCAAAGCACGGGUGAGAAAAGAGAGAAAACACUGCAAGAUACGAGUGAUCACUUUAAGGAGCUUUCACCCCAAAGCCUCGACAUCUCACUGGACCCUACUACAUUCAUACCUCAGGAAACAUGUCAUCUCAAACUAAAUUCAAGAAGGACAAGGAGAUAAUCGGAGAAUAUGAGACUCAAGUCAAAGAGAUCCGGAACCAACUGGUGGAGCAGUUCAAGUGUCUGGAGCAGCAGUCGGAGGCGCGCAUCCAGCUGCUGCAGGACCUGCAGGAGUUCUUCCGCCGCAAGGCCGAGAUCCAGCUGGAGUACUCGCGCAGCCUGGAGAAGCUCGCCGAGCGCUUCUCCUCCAAGAUCCGCAGCUCCCGUGAGCACCAGCAGUUCAAGAAAGACCAACACCUGCUGUCCUCUGUGAACUGCUGGUACCUGGUCCUGAAUCAGACGCGUCGGGAGAGCCGGGACCAUGCCACCCUCAAUGACAUCUACAUCAACAACGUCAUCGUGCGCCUGUCCCAGAUCUCCGAGGACGUCAUCAGGCUCUUCAAGAAGAGUAAAGAUAUCGGGAUCCAGAUGCAUGAAGAACUGGUGAAGGUGACGAAUGAACUCUAUACUGUGAUGAAGACGUACCACAUGUACCACACGGAGAGCAUUAGUGCUGAGAGCAAGCUGAAGGAGGCUGAGAAGCAGGAGGAGAAGCAGUUCAGCAAGUCCGGUGAGCUCAACGUCAACCUGCUGCGCCACGAGGACCGACCCCAGCGCCGGAGCUCCGUGCGCAAGAUCGAGAAGAUGAAGGAGAAGAGGCAAGCCAAGUACUACGAGAACAAGCUGAAGUGCACCAAGGCGCGCAACGACUACCUGCUGAACCUGGCGGCGACCAACGCGGUGGUGGCGAAGUACUACAUCCACGAUGUCUCCGAUAUGAUUGAUUGCUGUGACCUGGGCUACCACGCCAGCCUGGCGCGAACCUUACGGACAUACCUGUCGGCCGAGUACAGUCUGGAGACAUCCAGGCACGAGGGCCUGGACGUUAUUGAGAACGCCGUGGACAACCUGGACCCUCGGAGCGACAAGCACAAGCUAAUGGACAUGCACAACCAAGUCUUCUGCCCGCCCAUGCGCUUCGAGUACCUGCCCCACAUGGGGGACGAGGUGUGCCAGGUGAGCGCCCAGCAGCCGGUGCAGACGGAGCUGCUCAUGCGCUACCACCAGCUGCAGUCGCGCCUGGCCACGCUCAAGAUCGAGAACGAGGAGGUGCGGAAGACCCUGGAUGCUACCAUGCAGACUCUGCAGGACAUGCUGACUGUGGAGGACUUUGACGUGUCUGACGCCUUCCAGCACAGCCGCUCCACCGAGUCCAUCAAGUCUGUGGCCUCCGAGACCUACAUGAGCAAGGUCAACGUGGCCAAGAGGAGAGCCAACCAGCAGGAGACCGAGGUCUUUUACUUCACUAAAUUCAAGGAGUACCUGAAUGGCAGCAACCUCAUCAUCAAGCUGCAGGCCAAGCACGACCUGCUGAAGCAGACCCUGGGAGAAGGAGAAAGGGCUGAAUGUGGAACUACGAGGCCCCCAACCCUCCCCCCUAAGCCACAGAAACUACGAAAGCCUAGACCACGCUCCGUCUAUAACCAUAAGCUGUUUAAUGGCAAUAUGGAGACCUUCAUCAAGGAUUCUGGUCAACCCAUCCCCGUGGUUGCCGAGAGCUGCAUCCGUUAUAUCAACCUGUAUGGCUUGCAACAACAAGGCAUAUUCCGAGUCCCAGGAUCUCAGCUUGAAGUCAAUGAUAUUAAGAAUUCAUUCGAGAGAGGUGAAGACCCGCUGGUAGACGACCAGAACGACCAUGACAUCAACUCUGUGGCGGGGGUCUUGAAGCUGUACUUCAGGGGCCUGGAGAACCCUCUCUUCCCCAAGGAGCGCUUCCUGGACCUCAUCUCCACCGUCAAGCUGGAGUGUUCCGCUGAAAGAGCUCAUCACAUCCAGCAGAUAGUUGUGACUCUUCCUCGCGCCAUCAUCAUCGUCAUGAGAUACCUGUUUGCAUUCCUCAAUCACCUGUCCGGGUACAGUGACGAGAACAUGAUGGACCCCUACAACUUGGCCAUCUGCUUCGGCCCCACCCUCAUGCCCAUCCCCGACGGCCAGGACCCCGUGUCGUGCCAGGCCCAAGUCAACGAGGUCAUCAAGACCAUCAUCAUCCACAAUGAGCUCAUCUUCCCCAGCCCGCGGGAGCUGGACGGCCCGCUCUACGAGAAGUGCAUGUCGGGAGGAGAGGAGUACUGUGACAGCCCCCACAGUGAGCCUGGGACCAUCGAUGAGGCCGACAACGGCACUGAGCCUCACACCAGCGAAGACGAAGUGGAGCAGAUUGAAGCCAUUGCCAAGUUUGACUACACGGGCCGCACCCCGCGGGAGCUGUCCUUCAAGAAGGGGGCGUCGCUGCUGCUGUACCACCGGGCGUCGGAGGACUGGUGGGAGGGCCGGCACAACGGCGUCGACGGCCUCAUCCCUCACCAGUACAUCGUGGUGCAGGACCUAGAUGAUGCGUUCUCAGACAAUCUCAGUCAGAAGGCUGAUAGCGAGGCCAGUAGUGGACCCCUGCUGGACGAUAAGGCUUCGUCCAAAAAUGACCUGCAGUCUCCCUGUGAGCCAAACCCGGAGUACCCCUUUGGCGGCGUUAUGGGCCGGGUGCGACUGCGCUCAGACGGGGCAGCGAUACCUCGCCGUCGUGGUGGCGCCGACACCCACAGCCCCCCCAGAGGUGCGGACACCCCCCCACGCGCUGCCGCCUGUCCCAGCAGCCCCCACAAGGUGGCGGUGAGCCGCGGGCGCAUCGAGAGCCCGGAGAAGAGGCGCAUGGGCACGUUUGGCAGCGCCGGCAGCAUCAACUACCCAGAUAGGAAGGCCUACCCAGAGGGCCACCCACUCAGGCCUGUCCCUGGGGCCACGCGUCACAGCAGCCUCGGAGACCACAAGUCCCUGGAGGCCGACGCCCUGGCUGAGUCUGUCAUGUGUGUCUACUCGCAGGAUAUAGAGAAGACCAUGAGCACCGCUCUGCACGAGCUCCGCGAACUGGAGCGCCAGAACACCGCCAAGCAGGCGCCGGACGUGGUGCUGGACACACUGGAGACGAUGAAGAACCCGACCAGCUCCGAGCCGGGCAGCCCGCUGCACACCAUCGUCAUCCGCGACCCGGACGCCGCCAUGCGCCGCAGCUGCAGCGGCUCCACCAGCGAGAUGAUGAGCACCUUCAAGCCGGCGCUCUCGGCCCGCCUGGCCGGGUCCCAGCUCCGCCCGCCCCCCAUGAGGCCCCAGCGCCCCGCGCCGCCCCAGCUGCCGCACCACCACCACCACCAUCACCACCAACAACAGCAGCAGCAGCAGCCGGGGCCGGGGCACCGCUCCAGCAGCUCCAGCUCCUCCGGGAUGGGCAGCCCUGCCGUCACCCCCACUGAGAAGAUCUUCCCCAACAGCAGCGCCAAUGCUAAUGCUAACGCUAACACGGCCGCCGCUAAUGAUAAAUCGGGCACCAUGUAGUGACCAGGCUGGUGGGGGGGGGGGGGUCUGCCCUCUCCAGGAAGCCUGGCUGAUGGCUGCUGCAUUUGGCCACUGAGGGCCUGGUGCCGUUUCCUCAGAAGGAGGAAAGAAUGAAAUUGCUAAAAAAGAAACAAAUGAGUUCUUCAUCCGCUGCCAGUUUCUAUAAGUUAUAAUUAGUCCUUCUCUCCCUCUUUUUUUCUCCACUAAAAUUCUCCUCCUUCUGAGGGUGAACCUGGGUUGCCAUGGUGACCAACCCUGUGGAGAAGCUGAAAAAUAAUCAAAAUUCUAGCAGAGCUUCUUGAAGCACAGGUGAAACACAAUGGAGGUGGAAAAUGCCUUUUUUAGUUUUUCUACUCUCCUUUAGCCGCCUUUCAUUUUACCUCAGAAAUAAUUCCAUUAUUAAGUUCAGUAUCUUCGGCUAGGUCCCAUUCCUCUAGACCUUGUGUUGACUGUUAAUAGAGCAAUACGUUAUUGGCAUUAGGUUUUCUUCUCCUGCACUGGUUAUCCAGAGCUCUCUCUCCAUGACAUGGGAUGAUUUAGUUCCUCCUGGUUUGAAGGGAGGUCUCUAAGGCACUCCUGUCCUCCUAAACUGGAUUAUAAAUGUACAUUUAGACUACCAGACUCUCUCAAAGACUGUGACCAAAAUGGCAUCUUGCCUUUGAGCUGUACCUGUACAUAGAGACUUCCUGUACUUGAAAUUGUAAUGCCUUUUGUUUGUAGUAUAAGGGAUGUUCAACUAAGUAAUUACAAUACAUAGCCAAGUUGUAAACAUAAUGUAUGAGAUGCAGAAAAAAAAAUCUGAAACCAUAUACCAACUACUUGUAAGAAACCUGUGGUAUAAAAAAUAAUGAUCUAGUUUAACUUGUAUAUACAGUAACAGAUUUUUUUGAAGUGUUAAUCUUGUAUAGUCUAAGACAGACCAGGCAAGGACAUGACAAUGGGAGGCUUUUCCAUAGAG